AUGGCGGCGGACGAGAUGUCGAGGACGGUGCCGUUCGUGUGCCGGGGGUGGCGGGAGGCGGUGCUGGGGCCGUACUGCUGGGCCGAGAUCGACUUGGAACAGUGGUGCCGCCGGGUGAACCGCUCCGAUGUCAUCGACUCGGCGAUGAGGAGGCUCGUCCGCCGCAGCCGGGGCAACCUUCGCCGCCUCUCUGCCUACCGCCUCGGCAACUCCGCCUUCUCCUACGUCGCCAUCUCUGCUGAUAAGCAGUAUUCGAGAUUUACGGGGAUGACACAAAUUAUCAAAGUUACAACAUCCAUUGCAAGGUUCCUGAAUAUCCUCCAGAUUCCAAUGAGUGAAGUAACCGAUCAAAUGGUGGAGAAGCAUGCAGAAUCACUUUCAGCUCUAACUGUACUGGACAUUAGCAACUGCCUCAAGAUCACCUCCAAGGGCAUCGAGUCCCUGGGAAAGCAUUGCAAGUCCCUGAUUCAGCUGAGGAGGAACAUGCCUCCGCCAGACUAUGAAUGGAGCCAGGAUGGCACUGUGAAUGCCAAGGUAGAUGAGUCAGAGGCAUUGUCUGUGGCCAACACUAUGCCAAGGCUUGAAUACCUUGAACUUGCCUAUGGACGUUUUAGUGACUGUGGGCUAGAUGCCAUUCUCACCAACUGCCAUUAUCUCCAUGUCCUUGACAUCCGUGGGUGCUGGAAAGUAGAUAUAAAUGAAGGUAUUGAGCGCAAGUGUCACUUAAUUCAGUCCUUCAAAAGCCCUUGGUAUGAUGAAUAUGAGCCUGUUUGUUCUGACAAUGGAGAUGACAAUGAUGAGGAUGUUGAUGGAGUCGAUGAUGCUGAACUGGUGGAUGUGGACACUGUUGAUGAAUCAAAUGAUGAGACUUGGUAG